GCCAAUCCUGGCUCAGGAAGCAGUAUAACUCGGUAUACAAGUCAGAGCUGUAUCACAGGUUGGAGAUCAGUUUCGUUUAUCAGACGCCUCAGCUGGAUCUUUAGUGAAUAAAGCUGAGUUCAUAUAACAGUAAAAACAAUUGGACACAAUCCGAGGGAUCCACGACCUCCUGACGUCUCAAACUGUUUCCUGUGUUUUGUGGCACAAAGCGAGACAGAUGUUCCUCCACUGGCCUUGUUUACGUGUUCAGCGUGUUGUUUCUCCCUCUGAGACGAAGCCAUGACCGCGUGUCCCGUCGUGUCCAAGCUCACAUGGAGGACCAACUAUCUGAUCCUGCUGGUGAUCUGUGCUGGCGUGAUCAUGUGGAUCACCUCCCUGUCAGAGAGCCAAGUGAAGAUGCGUUUGCAGGUGCCAACGUCGGCCGAGGUUCAGAAGAUAAAGAACGAGCUGCAGAUGGAGACGGUGAGGGAUGUGGAGCAGCAGGAGGAGGUGGAGGAGGUGGAGAGAACGCUGAAAGACCUUUGCCCUGAGAAAUCACCACUGCUCCACGGAGCUGAUCGCUUGGAGUUCAAGGCGUCUCUGACUCUGGAGCAGGUGGAGGAGGAGAAUAGGGGUGUUGUGGAGGGACAGUACGAACCGGAGGAGUGUAAAGCGAGGCAGAGCGUCGCUGUUCUCAUCCCUCAUCGAAACCGAGAGAAACACCUGCUGUACCUACUGCACCACCUCCACCCCUUCCUGCAGCGGCAGCAGCUUCACUAUGCCAUCUAUGUCAUCCACCAGGCUGGUGAAGCUACAUUUAACAGGGCAAAGUUGUUGAACAUCGGUUACCUGGAGGCUCUUAAAAACUUCAACUGGGAUUGUUUCAUCUUUCAUGAUGUAGAUCUCGUCCCGGAAAACGAUCACAACCUCUACACGUGUGCAGAACAACCGAAACACUUAGUGGUGGGCCGCAACUCCACCGGCUACAAACUGAGAUACAAUGAUUAUUUUGGAGGUGUGACAGCGAUGAGGAAGAAGCAGUUUUCCAAAGUUAAUGGUUUUCCAAACACCUACUGGGGCUGGGGAGGGGAAGACGACGACCUCCGGUUAAGGGUGCGGCUGCUGGGGAUGAAAAUUGUGCGUCCGCCUGCAGAGGUCGCUCGCUACACCAUGGUGUUUCACAACAGAGACCACGGCAACGAGGUCAAUAAGGACCGGAUGCGUUUACUGGGUCAGACACCUAAGAUGUGGAGGAAGGACGGUCUGAACUCAUGUAGGUAUAAAACUCUGUCAGUGGAGCGACCUGCGCUUUACAUUAAUGUCACGGUGGACAUCGGGACCCCGCCAAACUCGCACUGAGAACGACCUGCACUGGACGACACUACAACACUACAAACGCAAACCGAGAGCGACGUCACUUCACAACGAGUCCUGGUUCCUCUGCUUGAUCUCUGCCUUGAGCCUCAGAGCCACUCAGGAGACUCGGGUUUAAUGUCAGGAACUUGAGCGAUGUUUAUGUUACUUGGCUAGAACUUACUGAUAUGAGCGAUUCUUUAUGAAGAGGUUCUUAGACCCCACUGCUCACUGCUUGAAACUGUUACAACCUAUAGUAAUGAUUAUAGUGUCAUCAACAUGGACAGGACAAGACGCUGCUGUCUCUCUCUCAGAAUGUAAAAGUCAUGACUGAUGGUUUGGGUGCAUUUCAAUUUAGAGAUCUUUACAGUACAGAAUUGCAUGAAGGAUGACGAACAUGUUCUACAAACUACAUGCAAAAAAGCUUCACAUGUCCUUAUUCCACUGUGUAUUAAAGGGUCAGUGCACCGGGAAUAUGGACAGCCUGGUGAUCUGUGAUGGCUUCAGAUUAAACGUAGAAUAGUUUAGAUUAACUACAUUUCAGCUCAAUCAAAAUGUUUACUUUCAAAUUUGACCUAGUGAGUCUAAAGGGUUGGAGAACUAGUUAAAUGGCUUUUAUAGACCAUGUAGCAUGCACUAGUGUGUGUGUGUGUGUGUGAAUGUGUGUGUAUUCUAUAUGUGUGACUUUUUUUUUAUUGUCAUUGAAAAAUUGAGUGUAAUUGGAAUAAAAUAAACCAUCUAUAACGAAUAAA